ACUCUCCUGUAAGUCUCAGCCUAGGAAUGUUCUGAACUACUUUACCUCUGCUUUGUGCCCGUGAGUUAGGUGUUGAGAGUGGCCUCCUGAUUGAGUCAAGAAAGAGCACUUGGAGAUAGUCAAGUAAUAGUGUGCAGCUUUGAGGGCACCACACAUUAUUAAAUGUUGAGUCAGCCACUGGGAGAAGCCAAUUUUUUCUUUAAUUUUAGCUACUUUCCUUUUUGACCUUGCUAUUGUGGCUGCUUUUUGAGAAAAGGCCAACUGGAAGAGAGUUGCUAAGAGCAACACCUCAGUAAGAGAAGCAGAGAACAGAGACUUACUGUCCUCUUUCAGCUCACCCACAGCCUUAGUAUGAAUCUGAGCUGCAGUUCCGGCUGGUGGAUAUUGGAGGAAUAAUAAAAAGUGCUCUAUGCCCAGGUCUCUGUGGCUGGGCUGCUCCAGCCUGGCGGACAGCAUGCCUUCGCUGCGAUGCCUGUAUAACCCAGGGACUGGCGCACUCACAGCUUUCCAGAAUUCCUCAGAGAGAGAAGACUGUAAUAAUGGUGAACCCCCUAGGAAGAUAAUACCAGAGAAGAAUUCACUUAGACAGACUUACAACAGCUGUGCCAGGCUCUGCAUAAACCAGGAGACAGUAUGUCUGACAAGCACUGCUAUGAAGACUGAGAAUUGUGUGGCCAAGACAAAACUUGCCAAUGGCACUUCCAGUAUGAUUGUGCCCAAGCAGCGGAAACUCUCAGCGAGCUAUGAGAAGGAAAAGGAACUGUGUGUCAAGUAUUUUGAGCAGUGGUCAGAGUCUGAUCAAGUGGAGUUUGUAGAGCACCUUAUAUCCCAGAUGUGUCAUUACCAGCAUGGGCACAUCAACUCCUAUCUAAAGCCUAUGCUGCAGAGGGAUUUCAUAACUGCCCUGCCAGCACGGGGUCUGGACCAUAUUGCUGAGAACAUUCUGUCAUACUUGGACGCCAAAUCACUGUGUGCUGCUGAGCUUGUGUGCAAGGAGUGGUACCGUGUGACGUCGGACGGCAUGCUGUGGAAGAAGCUCAUCGAGAGAAUGGUCAGGACAGACUCUCUGUGGAGAGGCCUGGCAGAGCGCAGAGGGUGGGGACAGUACCUAUUCAAAAACAAACCUCCUGAUGAGAACGCUCCUCCCAACUCCUUUUAUAGAGCACUUUAUCCUAAAAUUAUACAAGAUAUUGAGACAAUAGAAUCCAAUUGGAGAUGUGGCCGACAUAGUUUACAGAGGAUCCACUGCCGAAGUGAGACAAGCAAAGGCGUUUACUGUUUACAAUAUGACGACCAGAAAAUAGUGAGCGGCCUUCGAGACAACACGAUCAAGAUCUGGGAUAAAAGCACAUUGGAAUGCAAGCGAAUUCUCACAGGCCACACAGGCUCUGUCCUGUGUCUCCAGUAUGAUGAGAGAGUGAUCAUAACUGGAUCAUCAGAUUCCACUGUCAGAGUGUGGGAUGUAAAUGCAGGUGAGAUGCUGAACACACUGAUUCACCAUUGUGAAGCAGUUCUGCACUUGCGCUUCAAUAAUGGCAUGAUGGUAACCUGCUCCAAAGACCGCUCCAUUGCUGUGUGGGAUAUGGCCUCCCCGACUGACAUCACCCUAAGGAGGGUGCUGGUGGGACACAGAGCUGCGGUCAAUGUUGUAGACUUCGAUGACAAGUACAUCGUUUCUGCCUCUGGAGAUAGAACCAUAAAGGUGUGGAACACAAGUACUUGUGAAUUUGUAAGGACCCUAAAUGGACACAAACGAGGCAUCGCCUGUUUGCAGUACAGAGACAGGCUGGUGGUGAGUGGUUCAUCUGACAACACCAUCAGAUUGUGGGACAUAGAAUGCGGUGCGUGUUUACGAGUGUUAGAAGGCCAUGAGGAGUUGGUGCGCUGUAUUCGGUUUGAUAACAAGAGGAUAGUGAGUGGAGCCUAUGAUGGAAAAAUUAAAGUGUGGGAUCUUAUGGCUGCUUUGGACCCCCGAGCUCCUGCAGGGACUCUUUGUCUACGGACGCUUGUGGAGCAUUCUGGAAGAGUUUUCCGACUCCAGUUUGAUGAAUUCCAGAUUGUCAGUAGUUCACAUGAUGACACAAUCCUCAUCUGGGACUUCCUAAAUGAUCCAGCUGCCCACGCUGAACCACCCCGCUCCCCUUCUCGGACAUACACCUACAUCUCCAGAUAAAUAACCCAACACUGACCUCAUACUUGCCCGGGGCUCGUUAAGGUUGCAGUAUUUAACAUAUCUGCCAAGACCAGGAUGAACAACAACAAUCACACUCCUACCCGGAUUCCCCGGAUGGGUCAGCGAGGCGCAGGGCUUUGAGACUCCUGUUGGGACACAGUCGGCCAGCAGCUGACCAGGAUGGUCUGCUCGGCACUCGGCUGCCACAGUGCUGCUAUCAGAAGAUGUCUUUAUCUUGUGUGAAUGAUUGGAACUUUUAAGACUCCCUUCCCGUUCCCUCCCUUCCCUCUGCACCUGUUUCUCUCCCAUUGGGUUCCAGACAAAGAUGACUUAUAAAUAUAUUUAGUGUUUUGCCAGAA